UGAAAGUCGCGGCGGCCGGACGUGCCGAGCAGAGCGCCUGGCAGGGCUGAGGCCAGGCUCUCGCUUUCUCUCUCGCUUGCAUUGUAACAAUCUUGCUCGCUCACUCCACCGGCUCUAAGUCCUUCGCUUUAUCCUGCGGCCUCGUGUCAAGUUAAUUGGUCACAAUGUCGAAACAUCCCACCAAAGAUUCCUUAAAGGAUAAGGUCAAGAACCUCCUGGGACUGGGACAGAAUCCGCAUGUCAAGGACAUACCAGAUAUCAAGCCUGUCGAGUUCAUCAUCACGGAAGAUCGCCUCCGGGACAUGAAUGCGGACAAUGGCUUUAGUAACAGAAUUAAAGCAAUAAAAGAAAUGUCCGACCUUGUUAAAACCAAGAGACUGGAAGAGCAUGCAGUGGAAGCUCUGUGGUGCACAGUCUCAGACCUGCUGAUGCCUGAGCAGCCUGCCGAAGCCAGGCACACAGUACUGUCUCUACUCAAGGCUAUCAUUCAAGGACAGGGUAACCGUUUGGGUAUCCUCCGCGUGAGCUUCUUCCGAAUAGUCAGGGACUAUCCUCUGAAUGAUGACCUCGUGCAGAGGAUGGAGAUCUUUAAAGCGUUGACGGAUCACGGAAAGGAUAUCACUUACAUCGAUGAUGACAUAGGCCCCUUUAUUCUGCAAUGGAUGGACGAGACCAGGCAGAAUGGACUGACGCUGGACUUUCUGUACAUUCUGGUCAACAUCGUCAAGUUCAACUCGUCUUACCUAGACCAGGACAAGGUUGCUCAGAUCGUUCACAAAAUCUACCGUCUUUGUAACAUGACCAAUCAAGCAGCUGAUAUAGAGGCUUCUCUAAGGGUGCUAGACGCCGUGGUUUGCUACAGCUGCCUGCCGUCAGGAUCACUGUGCGCCUUCAUUGUCACGCUGUGCCGUACGGUGAACGUCAAGGAGUUCUCGGAGGCCUGCUGGAAGCUGAUGCGAAAUCUUCUUGGGACCCACCUUGGACACAGUUGUGUCCGCACCAUGUGCCAAAUCAUGGAGAGCCGAGAAUAUCAGAAGGACAUUCCUGUGCUGCGUGGGGCUGUGUUUUUUGUCGGCAUGGCUCUUUGGGGUGCUUACCGUUUGCCUUCACUGAAGAACACCCCCACCUCUGUGCUACCCUCCUUUCUCAAGGCCAUGAUGGAAGACAACGUGGUGGUGUCGUACGAGAUUGCGCUGUCGCUUACUCGCCUCGUCAGGAAGUACGGCCGCGAACUGCAGGUGGCCACCUGGGACAUCGUUCUCGACGUCAUCGAGAAGCUGGUCGUCCAAGUGCAGCUCUUCAACAAUGCAGACUUCUGCGUGAAGGUGCAGGAUCAGCUGACUGCGAUCGAGGAACUGUUCACGAGGGAUGAGUACCACGGCUGCGUCGAGCGCUACUUCACGCUCGUGGAACGGUGCACAGACCACAGGCCAGCGCGGCCGUGUGAAGGGCUCACGAAAUUACACCAACGCCAAGAGCUAAUGCCCGAGUGCCAGUCUGUGCUGACCUUGCUGACCUAUCGUGCUCAGUCCAUCCAUCCUGCCAAAGACGGCUGGAUAUUGGAACUGCAGAAGAUGAUGGAGAAAUAUUUCAGAAUGCAGACGUCCAGCGUCAUCCGCAAGAAGUGUCUGGAGAUCCUUUUCUCGGUGCUCGGCACGCACAGGCACGUCUACGAGGAGGAGCUGAUGGAAUCAGUCCUCAUCCCACACCUGAGCGCCGUGGUGGAGGACCGCGAGGUGGCCGUGCGCAAGUUCGCCACCCAGAAGCUGGUGGAGCUGGCGCUGACCUGCAGCUCGAGCCACUUUAACAGCCUCCUCGACGCCCUGCAAAAGAUAAGCAGUCGAGAGAUGGUGGAGCACACGGCCUCUGAGGCCGUGGAGGAGGAGCUUAUGGAAUCUCCUUAUGACGAUAUCAAGACUGCGGUGUUUGGACUUUUAGAAAUCCUGCAGAGCAAGAUGUUUUUGUUGCCAGCCAACCAUGCUGUUCAAGUGUAUGAGAUUCUGAUAGCGCACCUCCAGAAACACUACAGAAUGGGCUACAACAUGGAUGUGGCUAAUGCUAUUAGAAUUCAGAUUUUUGAUUUCUUGCUGUCCUUGCGGGCGGACUCGACUGCUCGCAUGGGAUUUGUGGACAAGCGCGGUGAGCUCCGCUUCAGCGUCUACUGCCUCUGCGACACCAGUGACGUGGAGAAGCGAACCAGCGACGCGGCUUCCGUGCCGUCGGACAGUCCCAUUGCCUUGCACCAGCAGAGUCUUCCCUUCCGCUUCGGCCACCUGCCCUUCUGCCGCACGUUCAGCACCCUGCUGCAGUGCAUCCAGCAGGAGGAGGAAUGGAAAGUGCUGCGGUUUGUUCUGAGCAAGAUCCCGUCCCUGCUGCAGAACAAGAUCCUCAUCAUGAGCUCCCAGUGCUCUGUGGAUACCCUCUGCAAUUGCCUUUGCAAAAUGGUGAGCAGUAAAAAGAUCAAGGAGUCCAACAUCGUCGCCGGGGAUGUAUUCUCAUGCACCGACCUCCAGAUGGUCAUCUUCCCAAUCCUCAACGCGCUCACAUCCUACCACAGCCUGCUGGACACCGCAAGACAGAGGGAGCUGGUGCAGUGUCUGGAUGCGGGGCUGAUCUCGCGCUGUGCGAAGCAGUGCGUCAUGGCACUGACCAUGUGCGUGCUCGAGAUGAGUGACAUCAUGUUCAAGAUGCUGCCUUCCAUCCUGCUCAAGCUCACGCACAUCUCCGCCACUGUGGGCAUGGCGUCCUCCGUGCUCGAGUUCCUGUCAUUUUUGGUUCGCCUGCCUCACCUCUACACAAACUUCGUGGCAGAGCAGUACAUCAGCGUGUUUGCCAUCUCCCUCCCAUACACCAACUCCUUCAAGUUCACCCAGUACGUUGUGUCACUGGCGCACCAUGUGAUUGCCAUGUGGUUCAUCCGUUGCCGCCUUCCAUUCAGAAAGGACUUUGUGCAGUACAUCACUAAGGGCCUGCGCUCCAACGCGCUGCUGCCGUUUGAUGAGCAGCACCUGAGGAGCGCCCAACAGAGCGCCCAACAGAGCGCCCAACAGAGCGCUCAGCAGAGCGCUCAGCAGAGUGCUCAGGAGACUGCUCAGCAGAACGCCGACCAGAGCAACUUCCGCGCACGCAGUACGAGCCUGAGCGACAAGCCCACGCGCAGGUGUGUCCAGCUCCCAGCACCCUCUCCUGCAUUCCAUUCGAUGUUUCCGGGGGAGCGACGAGGUUAACGGUGGUGGUGAUAUUUGAGAUGCAGGUGGCCAUGUAGUUGUAUCCAUGAUUUCGUUCAUUGUAGUUAUGGACUGCUCUGAGGAAUUGUGGGUUGUCUUUUAAAAUACAGACACUUGGCUUCGAAUCCACAAUACUUCAGAAGUUUUGAUCGUGUGGUCCGAGGUAAAGACUCAUUCUGACUGGAAGAAGCUGGGGAGCUAAGGUUUUUUUGAUGAGUAUUGCAUGGCUUGUGACCUUUUCGAAGGGAAAAAAAAGUGACCAACAGAUGAAAGUGUGAUUAUAUCAUUAUUAAACCACCACCUAUAGGGAAGUGUGCGUUUAUACUGCUUUACAUGGCUUAUGCAAGUCAUUAGUAUUGCAAAGCCUAAUGAGGUUUGGGUUUACCCAUGCAAUGCAGUUUCAUUCCUGAUUGUAUUUUGGAAAGGUGAAACCCCAUGCAAAUAAUCGGCUGAUGCUGGCUCCUUACAAAAUAAGCAUUUAAAGGUGGUUGUCAUUUCCAAAAUUAAACGUAGUUCAAUCCAGUGGUGAAUUGGCCAUCCAAGUCACUGUUUCUCAGGUAGUGUUGGUUUAACUGGUGGGAGAUGGUGCCUUUUUUAACCAGUGCAGUAUUUGCCUUCCAUUUUAGAAGUCCAAUUGAAAGGUUUUCGUGAGAGGUCCUGUGAAAUAAAUCUUCUCUGGCCGUUCUGACACGUGGGUGUGCUGCCCUGUGAGAUUUCUGAAUGGAAUAUUCGUCUUGUGACACCGGCGGCACAAUUUAGAAUAAAUAAGGGUUGGGGGGGUGGUGCAAAGCGACAGUGCUGGCUGCAUCUGUCAGCAGGAGGGAUUGAUAGUGGAGAGAUGAGAUGGAAGAAGUGUGUUGGCGGCAUCGCCACAAAGGAUAAUGUUGAUGCACAAGUCACGAGUACCGAGCCAAAGCCUCUGAUUGAUGGGAUAAGCUCUUAAGUCGGAGGCAAGGAGUGAUGAAAAAGGUUAUUAUAUGAAUUCAUGACUUUAGUUUUUUGCCCAAGCAUACUAAACUUUAUGCAAAAGUGUACCCAGGUAUGUAGUACUAGUCGUGAAGCCCUUGCAUCAAUCCGCUGCUGGAUGAGGGCCUCCUCUAUGCUGUGUCAGCCAUGGGGAUGCUUGAGCAUACUUCACCAAGCUGGGUCAGUGUGGUUUGGUGACAGAGGGACCCAGGAUCUUGGUGCAGAUAUCACUCGCCACUAGUAUUAGAAUAGGUUUUACCCUUUCUGACAAUGAAACAGGUGUUACGAUGAUAAUUGGUUC